AUGAGCCCUGAAAACAUGGCCCAGCCCGGAUUUGCUUACAACAUGCCUUCCGCCUCCAACGGCCACUGGAACCCGCCUCGCAGCCUCUUCUCCGAGCCAUACAAUGGCGGCAGGCUGGCGGGUAACCUUUAUCCCAUCUCCAGCCUGAACCUCUCGUCCAGCACCUAUCCAUGGGCUGACAGCCCUCCCGCACCAUCCAAUGGUCAUUACACGAGAAUCGAACCCGCGGUGUCGACCCAGCCGUCCUAUGUUCCUCGUUCUCCUCCCAUGACAAACAACUGUUCCAGCUCGGUCUACUCCAACUCGGUAUAUGGAUCCAACAAGCGCAGCAGAUCAUCUGCCUGGGAUGGACAAGGCAGGUAUUCGCCGACGGGAUCUGUCGAUGAUAUCAUUGCGUCCCCCAGCCUGUCCGAUUAUUCUUUAGACAAUGGACUGGACCUCGUCGUUCCCACCAACAAGCCAAAGCAACAAAACAACAAACCUCGAUCGCAGCGACGACCAUCGAACCGAGACGAGUUUGAUGGCCCGCAUCAAUUCUUGCAACGCCCACCACCCGAUGUCAUUGCCAUGCAGGAGAGGGAGCUUCCGCACCUGCCCACCAACCUUCACGUGCAAGAGCAGGAUAACGUUCUCAACCAGGUCAAUGACCGACUAUCACAAUGCGCCUACGACUUCGUGGCCAAAUACCAAUUCCCAAUUCCGUUGACUCAAGACAUGAGGCCCGUGGAGAGGCCACAGGAUCGAGAGUGGACCGAAUGGGUUUACCUUUUGAAGAGGCUUGCCACCAAGAGACGGAUUCCCGCCAGAGUCCUCUACAAUGGACAAAUCAAGCAGUUUGUCACCAUUCUCGAGAACUCACUCGAGAUGCGGCAUGCUGCCAAGCAUCAGAGCCGCCCUCUGAAAGAUGAUCGAAACAUCCUCCAGCUCAUUUCUGCUGGAAUUCAGGUGGCUAAAAUCCUGAAAGAUGCGUCGGCGAUGGACUAUCUCGACCGGCUAUACGUUUCAACGGAGAAGCAGAUUCAGGAGCGUGCUAGCGCGCGAUUCCGAUCCUAA